AUGUCCGACAUGCAGAAACGUCUCCCAUUAUACGCCAUAUAUGCCAUCACAAACCAAUUCAUCCCAUCCCAUCCCAUCCUCAAAAAGAUGCCAGCAGUGUUGAAAGCCGAGCACAAGUCCAUCGGCGCCGAACUCCAUCGCUGGUGUUGA